GCCCCGCUCCCCAUUGGCCACCACCUCAGCGGGAGGGGCGGCCUCCGGCUCGGGGCACCUGGUGUCGCCCUUCGGCGGGGAAAUCGGCGGCUGCCCGGCACGGGCGCCCGGAGGUAAAGGCAUCGGGAGGGAAGGCCCGGGGCUGCGGCCAAGCUCCCUGCGACCGGCCCUGUCCUUCUUGCCUCCCCAGCCCCGGCGACGCUCGGAUGCUCCCUGCUCCGGCCGCACCAUCUGGAAACUUUGUCCCGCGAAGUCCCCUGUCCGCCUAGACGCGUGGUGAGGCGCCUGGUCGGCCGCGCGCCCCCCGGGGCCCCGGAACCCCGCGCGUGAUUGCCUGGCCGCCCCGCACCCCGCGCCCGCGGGGUCCCGCCGCCAGGAUGCGCUACGCGGACCCCUCCGCCAAUCGAGAUUUGCUGGGGAACCGAACAUUACUCUUUAUCUUCAUCUGCGCCUUCGCCUUGGUGACCUUGCUGCAACAGAUCCUGUACGGCAGCAACUACAUCAAGAGAGGCCUCCAGUUUGGUUGGCAGAGUGGCGACCAGCUGGCCAAUUGGACGGGGCUGUUUAAUGUCACGGACGACCAAGCAGUGCAGAGCGGCAGUGACUCCAGCUCCAGGUACUUUGAAUUUUACGAGGGGCCUUUUGAAUAUAACUCCACAAGAUGCCUGGAGCUGAGGCAUGAAAUACUGGAAGUGAAGGUGCUGUCCAUGGUGAAGCAGUCGGAGCUGUUUGACAGGUGGAAGAGCCUCCAGAUGUGCAAAUGGGCACUGAACAUCUCGGAAGCCAACCAGUUCAAGUCCACUCUGUCCAGGUGCUGCAAUGCCCCUGCCUUUCUCUUCACCACCCAGAAGAACACUCCCCUGGGGACGAAGCUGAAGUAUGAGGUGGACACCAGCGGCAUCUACCACAUCAACCAGGAGAUCUUCCGCAUGUUUCCUAAGGACAUGCCCUACUACCGGUCCCAGUUUAAGAAGUGCGCAGUGGUGGGCAACGGGGGCAUCCUGAAGAACAGCCGCUGCGGGAGGGAGAUCAACAGCGCCGACUUUGUCUUCCGGUGCAACCUGCCCCCCAUCUCAGAGAAGUACACCAUGGAUGUGGGGGUGAAGACGGAUGUGGUCACUGUGAACCCCAGCAUCAUCACAGAGAGGUUCCACAAGCUGGAGAAGUGGCGGCGGCCCUUCUACCGCGUGCUGCAGGUGUACGAGAACGCGUCGGUGCUGCUGCCCGCCUUCUACAACACGCGCAACACCGACGUGUCCAUCCGCGUCAAGAGCGUUCCUGCAGAAAUCUCCAGUAUCUCCUGUCCUUGCAUCUUGGACCCCUUACCUGCAGGCCCGUUCUGCCUAGGAGCGCCAGGAGCAUGCUCACCGUGGCUUCCUGACCGUCUGCAUCUUCCCGGCAGCUCAAACCUCUACGUAUCCUCAACUGGUGCAGUUAAAAGAACAAUCUGGACUCAGAGUCUCCUCCUACUACUUAGUGGCUAUGUGACCUUGGGGGAGCUUUCGGAGCCCCUGGAGACUCGGAUUCAUCAUCUGAAAAAUAAGGACAGGACACCAACCUCACCAGCUGCUAUGAAGGUUAAGUGAAAUAAUGUUGCACAAUGCCUAGCACAGUGCCCCGCACAAACUAAACACCCGGUGAGCACAGGUUCUCUCUGCCCAAACCCUGGGUCACGCUUGCCUCUUCCUUCUCCUUUACCCUCUGUGUCUAUUUGUUCAAAUCUUGUCAAUUCCAGCCCAUAAAUAUCCAUUGAAUUCAUUCCUUCCCUCCAUCCCCUCUGCCACUGCCCUAACUCAGGCCCUUCUCACUGAUCUUUCUGCAUUCAGAGAAUGACCUUCCGAAAACACCUUUUUGGAGCCCGUUGCUUGCCUGUACCAUAAAGUCCAGAUUCUUUACCAAGUCAUGCAGGGCAUGUCCCAAGCUGAUUCACUCACCAUCCCAGAGACCCUCCUGCCACCUCCCUGCUACCAACCCCCAUCCCCACCCCCACCCAGUGCUGUGCCUUUGCACAAGCUGUUUGAAGUGCCUGGAAUGGCCCCCGCACUCCUACCUCCCUCCCUUUCCCCUUACCUGGCCACUUCUGCAGAUGAUGUCGGGUUAUGGCCCCUACAUCCUCCCCUCUGUGAACCUGUGCUGGGCACUACUGUGUGCUUCUGCUGUUAUUAUCACUGACUUCUGUUAGGAUAUCUUCAUAUCACACAGCAUAAGUGUCCCUGUGUCCUUGGCUCAUUUUUAUGUCCCCAGCACUGGCACAAAGCCAAACAUGGUGUGUGCUCAACAGUAAUGAGGUCUCUGGUCACCUAGUGGGCUCCAGCAGUUCAGGAGACCCCAUUAAUAAACCGAGUAACACCUUGGGGAAAUUGUCAACGGAGGAGAGUCCUCUCUUGAUUAGUUUUUGCCUAGUACAUUCUGUCCUUGGGGAGCCUGGGGCCCAGGAGGCAGCAGUGUCUAUGUAGUGGGGGCUCGUUGGCUUCAUCACCCAGUCUCUGCCAUCCUCUUUCUGUUCCCUUAUUAUAGUCCUGCUCAUCUGAUUAGUGCUUGCUAACCAAUUUUUUCUCUAGUUUAAACAAAAGAAGGGAAAGACAUUAUCUGUUUUUCUUCCUUUAUUUGUUCUCCCUUCCUCAAAACCGUACAGAUAUAUCAGGAUCUUAUAUUGCUGUGACUGUGAUUCAGGUUGGGUAGCAGUAUAUGAGGGAUUUAUUAAUAGUGUCUUAAAAACCUAGAGGGGAACACUUCAUCUUUUGGCUGACAAUCAGAUGAGCUGAGCUUUGUAGAAGGUCUGCUCCAGAUGCCCCGUGGAAGGCCAGGAGCUUGGGGUUGUUUCCUGGGAGGGGCGGGAGUGGGGGUGCUGCUCCAAGUUCAACACACACCCUGGUCUAGUCUCACUGCAGCCAGGGAACCCCUCUGGUUGUGGCUUGUGGGUCAGGUGAGGCCAGGCUAGGGGUGCACCGAUGGCCAGGGUGUGCCUUCUGCUGUUCAGAGGUUGUCAAACAAGGCCAGUCUGCGGAGGCUGCUCACACCCUAUGAGGCAUUCUAAUAAAACAGCAUGUUCUUCAAGGGCAGACUGUAGAAACCUGCAUCACAUCACCUGGAUGCUUGUUAAAAAUAGGAAUUCAGAGCCUGGGGAAAGGGGGUAAGGCCUGGGAAUGGGUGGGUAUGACAUCCCUAACUGGCCCUUGCGUGCACAACUGCUUGUGGUUAGCACUCAAGGGCCAGCUGGGGAUGUUCUCGGUGGUUCGGUGGCUGCCGCCAGCUGAGUGGCAAGGUCUGGCUUGAAAAUCAGACUGCAGUCCUGAGUGGGAAAAGAAUGAAAACAAGAGUUUGGCACACAACCCAACUUCUGUGUUUUCUAUAAUAUAAAAUACAACCCACUAUUAAACUAGCAACAAAAGUCAAAUGCUCAGGAAUCUAUAACAUUGAUAAAAUAUGUUUUGCCUUUA